AUGAAUCCCUCAAACCAGUCCACAGUGACCUUUUUUAUUAUAAGAGGGAUUUCUGACCUCCCCGAGCUGCAGCUUCCAAUCUUCCUCCUUGUUCUGUUUAUUUAUCUCAUCUCUCUCAGUGGUAACAUGACCAUCCUUCUCCUUCUCUGUUCGGAUCGUCGCCUUCACACUCCCAUGUACUUCUUCUUGUGCAAUCUAUCUAUCCUAGACAUGUCUUCCACCACUAUUACUUUACAUAAAAUCCUUGUUAAUUUUGUAACGGGAGACCAUGGAGUUUCUUUCUUUGCUUGUAUGACACAGAUGUAUGUAUUUUCAUCCUUUGCAUGUGAUGGGUUGUACCUCCUGACAGCCAUGAGCUAUGACCGCUAUGUGGCCAUCUGCAAUCCCUUGCGAUACCCAGUCCUUAUGAAUCAUAGAGUUUGUGCUCUCUUGGCUACUGUCUGCUGGACUUUGGGUUUGACACAAAUGAUUCCUUUCUUGGUCUUUCUUUCAAUACUGUCACAUUACGAGUCCAAUGUCAUUAAUCACUUCUUCUGUGACAUUCUGCCACUUAUGAAAAUUUCCGACAGAGGUACUUCCUUUCUUGAAAUAUAUACUGACUGUAUUGGAUUUUUCCUUUGGACUGGUCCCUUUAUUUUUACAUUUUUAUCUUAUGUCUAUAUCAUUAAAUCUAUCUUGAAAAUCCGUACCAACUCCGGCAGGCGGAAAGCCUUCUAUACAUGUUCCUCACACAUUACUGUUGUUUCAAUUUUGUAUGUAACACUUGGAACUCAAUACUUGUCACCAACAUCAGAAGACAACUUGGACUCAAACAAACUUUUUGCCCUUCUUAAUGCAGCAGCAGUCCCGAUGUUAAACCCUCUGAUUUACAGCUUAAAGAAUAAAGACGUGAAGUCAGCUCUACGACGAAGGUUGAGAUAG